UUAUUUUUUUAAUUGGUGUAAAAACGAAUAAAAACAACCCAUAAUGAAUAAACCCACAUUUUAAAGUUUGAUCAAUUAGAUCUCUGCACGCUACGGGGGUCGUUCAGUAUGGGUGAGCAAUGGUUGAGGCAAGCACAAGUAGGCUUAUGACCCCAUGAGGUUUAAUGCUAGCAGACGUAGCCUUAUAGCUCCAUCAGGUUUAAUGCUAGCGGACGUAGCCUUAUAGCUCCAUCAGGUUUAAUGCUAGCAGACGUAGCCUUAUAGUCCCAUCGGGUUUAAUGCUAGCAGACGUAGCCUUAUAGCCCCAUCAGGUUUAAUGCUAGCAGACGUAGCCAAAGAGCCCCAUCAGGUUUAAUGCUAGCAGACGUAGCCAAAGAGCCCCAUCAGGUUUAAUGCUAGCAGACGUAGCCAAAGAGCCCCAUCAGGUUUAAUGCUAGCAGACGUAGCCAAAGAGCCCCAUCAGGUUUAAUGCUAGCAGACGUAGCCAUAGAGCCCCAUCAGGUUUAAUGCUAGCAGACGUAGCCAUAGAGCCCCAUCAGGUUUAAUGCUAGCAGACGUAGCCUUAUAGCCCCAUCAGGUUUAAUGCUAGCAGACGUAGCCUUAUAGCUCCAUCAGGUUUAAUGCUAGCAGACGUAGCCAAAGAGCCCCAUCAGGUUUAAUGUUAGCAGACGUAGCCAAAGAGCCCCAUCAGGUUUAAUGCUAGCAGACUGCAAGAUGCUCAUUCCUACAGCACACCAUUGGCUUCCUGCCACCACAGUGUCCAUAUGCUCUUCUCUUCACACAUUUAUCCAACUCUCCCUGCAAACAUCAAUACAGUCCGUGAACCACCAUGCCAUUACUUGGUGUAGAGGACAUCAAAAGCAUUUUCACUACACCAUAUCACCACUCGCAUGCAUAAGCUAAUAAUAUCCAUACACUCUCACAUGACGUACAUACCAUACCAUUCUGGUAGUAGUUGAGUUCUUUAGAGUGACCGGUCCUGCCCUCUGACUAUUGCUCACUCCCACCGAAACGCCCCCUUGGCCUCUGUCAUCCAAUCACGGGCUCAGCAACACCUGUCCCCAGCUCAGACAUCCAAACCUCCCAUUAGUCUGUGACCUUUGACAUUGGCCUUGGUGAGCAGAACAAGUUGAACUGUCUGCGGCAGCGAGGGACCUGAAAGCAUCAUGGGAUGGAUUGGGAAAGUAUACAGAAUUUUACCCACCAUGCAUUGGUAGGAUCAGCUCCAAUACUAUCUCGUCAAUGUGAUUUGUGUUGUCUACAAAUAAAUUAAAGACAUCCUGUGUUGUUUUUUUGUUGGCCACUAAUUUGUCCAACAUGCACCAAUAUUAGAUCACUCUGAGGCCUAAUUCACCCAUUUACACAUUGGUAUUUAUUCAUACAUCAUUAACUAGUGAUUCAUAUGACCAAUAGAGGGUCUUUUUGUUAUGUAGCCUAUUUAGGCCAACAAUCCUGUACUGCUUUGGUUCUUCCAGUCAGCCAGACAGCCAGUCAGGAGUUUUCAGGGUGGAUUUGACAGGCACUGUAUUGGCUGAUACGUCACUCAAUAACGAGUCACUCAAACCUCUCUAUCACACUUGUAUUAUUAUCCAGCUUCACUGUCCUCCCUUCCUUCUAGUCUUUACUGUGGGGAGAUGGUAGUUAGCAUUGCCUGUUAUCUUGAUUCAUAAAGACUCAUGCAUGUUUAUAUAACUAGUAGAAGUAAUAACUAGUGUUUUAUUUUAGACCUUUAAUGGCUCUUAAAAUUGAUUUUAAGGUAUAUUUUAUAAUAUCAGAAAUGCUAAGGAAGAUGUUUCUUCCAUCAUUCUUACACAUUAGAUUAGUUAAUGUAGUCAAACAAUACAAUGUAAGAAAUAGUUCAAGUUUAAUUGUCUAGUACAGCGUUUCCCAAACUCAGUCCUGCCGACCCCCAAGGUGUGCACGUUUUUGUCCUAGCACUACACAGCUGAUUCAAGUAAUGAACUCAAGCUUUGAUUAUUUGAAUCAGCUGGAGCAAAAAACCAAAACGUGCACCCCAUGGGGUCUCCAGGAUGGAGUUUGAGGAACGCCGGUCUAGUACAUCUGGAUGUGUUGUGAUAGUGUGUAGCCCAGAGGCUGUUCUAGGUCUCACUAGCAGACUGUCUGCUAGUCUGGCUGGGCCUCAGGAGAAGAAGGGUCGACUGCUCUGAAUCCGUUUGUUUUAACUGUGUUUUUCUUCUAGGAAUUUGCUCUCUCUCAUCCACCGAAUGAUCGAGUUUGUGGUGCGUGAGGGCCCCAUGUUCGAAGCCAUGAUCAUGAAUCGAGAGCUUAGCAAUCCCAUGUACCGGUUUCUGUUUGAGAACCAGAGCCCAGCACAUGUCUACUACCGCUGGAAACUCUACUCAAUACUACAGGGAGAAGCGCCAACAAAAUGGCGGACGGACGAAUUCCGCAUGUUCAAGAACGGCUCGUUGUGGCGCCCUCCUCCCCUCAACCCCUACCUACACGGCAACUUUGAAGAGGGGGAGGAGCCAGAGGAGGAAGAAGAGGAGCCUGGGAAGAAAGGAUGCUUAAAAGAAGAAGAGCGUGAUCAGCUAGAAGAGCUGUUGAGAGCUCUGACUCCUAGGAAGGGGGACAUAGCAGAGGCCAUGUUGUUUUGUCUGAGUCAUGCCGAGGCUGCAGAGGAGAUCGUAGAGUGUGUCACAGAGUCUCUCUCCAUCCUCAAGACACCACUCCCCAAGAAGAUUGCACGGUUAUAUCUUGUGUCUGAUGUGCUGUACAACUCAUCUGCUAAAGUAGCCAACGCGUCGUACUACAGAAAAUACUUUGAGGCCAAGCUCUGCCAGGUCUUCUCAGACCUCAAUGCAACAUACAAGACGAUACAGGGUCACCUACAAUCAGAGAACUUCAAGCAACGAGUGAUGUCGUGUUUCCGUGCGUGGGAGGACUGGGCCGUGUACCCAGAUCCCUUCCUCAUCAAGCUACAGAACGUCUUCCUGGGUCUAGUCAACUUGUCAGCUGAGGAGACGGCUUCCACUCCCAUCACAGUAGAGAAACCACCGUUUGAACACCUGGCCCCUAGUCUGUUGGCCCAGCCUGAGCCAGUGGAGGACAUCGACGGGGCCCCCAUUGGGGAGGACAUGGAUGGGGCCCCACUGGAGGACGUGGAUGGGGUUCCUAUAGGACUGGACGGGGCUGCCGUGGUGGCCGGCGCCCCUCUAGACGGAGCUUCCCUGGGGCUGGAUGAUCUGGAUGGAGUGCCCAUCAAAGCCCCGGAGGAGGACAUAGACGGACUGCCCUUGGAUCGUGCUGCGGCCAAAGCUGCAUCCUUUAAAGUAGCACCUUCAAAAUGGGAAGCAGUGGACGAGUCUGAGCUGGAGGCGCAGGCCGUGACCACCUCAAAGUGGGAGAUCUUUGAGCAGCCAGAAGAGGAGAAGAAGGGCGAGGACGACAGUGACGAUGAGGACACCAAGAGUUCUCGUUCAGAGGAGCCUCCCAGUUACUCCAACCCCAUCAGAGACGACUUGGACACCAAGACCAAGCACUCUGAGAUGAACGAGGACAGACGCACCAAGCUACGGGAGAUAGAGGUCAAAGUGAUGAAGUUCCAGGACGAGCUGGAGUCUGGGAAAAGGCCCAAGAAGUCUGGCCAGAGUCUCCAAGAGCAGGUGGAACACUACAGAGACAAACUGUUACACAAGGAAAAAGAAAAGGAGAAACUGGAACGGGAGAAAGAGAAGGAGAAAGAGAGGGAGAAAAGGGAUAAGGAGAAAAGCGAAGCUCGUUUAAAAGACGCCAAGAAGGAGAAGGAGGAGUCUACUCCGACCAGGAGAGACAGGCGUGGUCUGUCUCCUGUGGUUGCUAAGAAACGGCGUCACAGCGUCUCGCCCGGCAGCCCCCCGAGGAGCAGCAGCAGACGGGCUCGCUCCCCGUCCCCCCGCUCGGAGAGGUCAGAACGUUCCGCGCGCUCGGACCGCUCCUACUCCAAGGACGUAGUGUCGUCACGAUCCCGCUCCUCCCACAAAGACUCCCCUCGCGUCACCAGCAGCAAGAAGUUGUCCAAAAGGUCUCCCUCUUUACCCCGCACGCCCAAACGUUCCAGGAGAUCACGCUCCAGAACACCCAAGAAAUCCGCUAAGAAGUCACGGUCAAAAUCACGGUCUCCGCAUCGGUCCCACAAGAAAUCAAAGAAGAGCAAACACUGACAAAUCACUUCCCUGUUCACUCUCCCCUAUACACCCAACCUCCACUAUACACCCCCCCUCUCCCGUGAUGGAUAAAUAAAAUAAUGAACUGGAGUGGCAGCUCCGUUCCCUGCCUGAAUGUUCCUGUGAAGAAGAGGAUGAUGAAGAGGAGUAACGGGUAUGCCAUGUUGGGUCUCGAUGAAUCCAGCCUGGUUGCCAUGUUGGGUCUCGAUGGAUCCAGCAGGGUUGCCAGGUGAGGUGUCUCUGGGAUCUAGCUGUGUUGCCAUGUUGGGACUAAAUGGAUCCCAGCUGGGUUGCCAUGUUGGGACUAAAUACAUUUUGCCAGAAUGGAUCUAACCCGAAUAAUAAGAAAUGAUGAUCUGGAUAUGUGUCCUGCCCACUCUUCCACCGCCCAAUGGGGUUAAUCCUUGUAGUAGACCACACCCCCAGUGUGAUGAUGUAGUCUUUUUUUCUCCAUGAUAUCCUUUUCUUUUUGAAUGAAAAGGAUUCCUAAUAAAAAUUAAAUUUGUCCUUUAACUCUUUGCAACGCAAAUCGUUUUAAACAAGUCCUGGAAGUCCC